UUCAAGGUCGUUAACCAUUGUAGAAUGUAUCAGAGCAGGGCAAACUCACAACCACUAGCACCAUUGUUUAACUCCCUUCAAUAUCAAUUUAAUUUAGAAUUCACCUUAUACAUUCAACGCUCAUAAAUUUUUCAUUAUCAAGAGUUAUUCGUUAUUUGCCCGAAAACAUAACUUCUAUCAGUGAAAUUUUUCACCAUUUCAAGUAAAAGCAAACACUUCUACCCAAACUAGAAAUUAACAACGCGCCGAACAAUAGGCGAAUUAUGAUUAUAAGCAAUGUAAAUUGAUGGGUCUAUGACCAAUAGCUGAGAACGAAAGGAACAAGCGAUUCCCUCAUGAAUAUUGAUAAGUGCACCUGCGGAAGACAAUUAACACAGUUAUGAAAGAGUCUAAAGCGAUACAGAGGGGCUGGCGCAAGGGAUCAAUAAAUAGCCGGGACUGAGCGCAAAUCAGCAUUAAUCGCAGAGUGCAUUGCUUAACACGCGCAAACCCAAACCCAAGUGUGUACGAUACUAAGGCCACAGUCGGUACAAUGACUUCUAAAAAGAACGGAAAUGAUGCGAAAGUGAGCGGAAGAAAGGAAAGUGCGGAUUUCCUUAAUUCUGGAAGUUCGUUGCUGAAUUUCAUGAACCUUGCAUCGGGCAAUGUGAAGACGGCUCUUGAAAAACCUGCCAACUUCAAACGCAAUAUCAACCAUCGCCGAUACCUCCAGAAGCAACUGAGAAACUACUCCAAACGGAAGACGGACUCUCCGGCGAAGAAAUCCUCAAACAAGAUCAAAGCUAACGAAAAAGUGCUGAAAUCACAGGCGCUGCGCUACAUGAAGGGCAUAGCUGAUGCAAGGCGCCCAGAAAUGAAGUCUAGUUUCCCUGACAGAGAUAGAAACGCUUUGAGAGAGCGUAACAUUGCUCAAAAUUACUGGCCCGAAACCGCCGCAUGUACACCGCAAGAGUUUUCCUCUUUGAACUACCAACCCUUUGGAUACCCGCGCAACGAGAACCCGAUAGACUUUACAUCCGUAUCGCUGGAGAAUUUCCUUGCGGACGCAACGUGUGAAUACGAAGUGAACUCCACUCCUGUGGACUGCAUCCCCGCUAUAGAAGCUGAGCCCGUUAUGGAUUCGGAAUUCAUGACUGGGGAAGAGCUCACGAGGAAUCUAGACAUAAAAGACUUGUAUGUGCCUGACUUGUACAGCGCGGAUCGACUCUUGACGGAUGUCCAGGAUGCGCUUCAACCCUCCGAACAGAUCUCACCCUCGCAAUACUUCCUACCUUCGCCUUCACCGUACGGCAUCGCAGAACCGAGUUAUUUCAACUUCGACCACGAAGGCCUCCCGCCCAUCGCAAUGGCGUUCUUAAGCCCGGGUUCUCUAACACAUUACUAAAGCCGUUUUAGGUGUAGGUUUUGAAAUUUCGAUUAUGAAACAAGACAUUUUUUAUCACAAUGUAAAAUACGAAAGAAAUAUUAAUAUUCCGAAAUUAAAAUCGAAAUAGAGUCUGUCAGGCAAAAACAAUGUAUAUAGCUGAAUUGAAAAUGUCAUUAAAAUGAAGUAUUUUAAGAUA